AUGGCAUACAUCGGCUAUCAUUUGGACAAUGUAUCGUUGUCGCUACAAAUGGGAUCCAUUGAUCUGAAUCUAGACUCUAGUACCACUACGAACGUUCUUGUGGCAAUUUGUUCGGUGCUUGUGACUAGCCAGGCUACUAAGACCUUGGUAAUGUUUUUACACGUCAACUAUGACAAUCUUGCCGACAGUAGACACAAAUGGAAGUGGCUAGCGUACGCUCUUAUCUCAAAGCGAACACGUGAAUUGUCGGCGAUCGAAUCGCUGGCAUCCACUUUAUUGAUAUGCAUGAAUAUCCCAGAUAUGGAGGCCUUUAUUUCUAUCCUAUCAUCUGCGCACCCAGCAGAAGAACUUUACGCUUGUCAUGUGGUCUCGUCGCAGAAAGAGAGGCGACUUUCAAAGCUAAUAGACCAAUUUAUUGGCAGUUUACUGAUCAAGAAGAGCGUUCUAGACGGCUUAACCCUCGACAUUUAA